ACAAAGAUGAUGAAUAAGGCACCGGUGGCUAUCAUCACGGGCAGCUCAAAACGAAUUGGAAAAUCAAUCGCCAUUCGUCUGCAUGAUGACAACUUUAACGUAUGUCUGCACUACUGCAACUCUCGCGAAGCGUCUGAGACACUUAUGAACACGCUCAACUCACGACGCCCAGACAGCGCGGCGAUAUUCAAGGCUGACUUUAGUGGUGGGAUGAACUCCCCCAGCGAAGUGAGCCUUGCUAAACGUUGCGCUCGCCUCAUCGAUUUUUGCUACUCCACUUUUGGACGAUGCGAUGUGUUGGUGAAUAACGCUUCGGCGUUCUAUCCAACACCGCUCCUGGGCGACCUUUCCUCGGUGGUAGGGAAAGACAUCUAUGAAACCGAUCGUAUCGAGAACGACAUUCUGGAUAUUUUUGGCUCCAACGCACUUGCCCCUUUGUGCUUGAUCCGGUGUUUUGCUCGGAAGGUCCAAUCGAUUGAGGACGAGCUCCAGUCCGAUUCACCAACCCACCGAUGUGUGGUGAACCUAUUGGACUCUAUGAUAAGCACCCCAUUGGAAGGGUAUAGCCUUUACACCAUGGGCAAGUACGCAAUGGAUGGACUCACCAAGGCGGCUGCGCUAGAGCUAUCCAAACUAAAUAUCCGUGUAAAUGGGGUUGCUCCAGGUUUGUGUGUGAUGCCACCGGGGAUGUCCAAGGAAAAGCAAGAGGCAGAACGCGGUAAAGUGCCCCUCGGCCAACGAGAGGCCUCUGCGGAGGAAAUUGCUGCCGCAGUGUCCUUUAUGGUUUCCUCUGAAUCACAGUACAUCACUGGAUCUGUUCUUAAUGUGGAUGGUGGGAUCAGUAUUAAGCGUGCUUAAUAUAUCGUUAAUCGGCAUCUUUAAUAGAAACACUUUUCUUUUCGUUUUUCAAAUUAGAUCCAAUGCACAAUAACCUACUUUAAGUUUUUCAUGGUAAAGAGGUCGUGAUCAGGCUAAACUUACCUUACUUGGGAGUUUCUGA